AUGGAUCGCGGGCCCGUGGCUGUGAUGGCGCCGCUGCUCACGCUGCUGCUCCUCCUCUCGCGGUGCGCGGCGGCGACGCAGUACGGCGAGGGCAGGUGGGAGGAGGGCGAGGGGGAGUGGCGGCCGGAAGAGGAGGAGGAGGGCAAGGGGGGGAGGCUGUUCGUACUUGACAGGCUGGAGAAGGUUGUGGAGUCGGAGGGCGGGCAGGUGCGCGUGGUGCGCGGCCAGCCGUGGCCGCCGGCCUCGUGCCGCGAGGGGCUCAUGCACAUCGGCUUCAUCACCAUGGAGCCCAAGACGCUGUUCGUGCCGCAGUACCUCGACUCCAGCGUCACCCUCUUCGUGCAGCGAGGGGAAGUGAAGGUUGGUUAUAUUUACGAGGACGAACUGGUGGAGAGGAAGCUCAAGAUGGGCGACGUCCUCCACAUCGACGCCGGCUCGACCUUCUACAUGGUUAACACCGGCAAGGGGCAGAGGCUGCAGAUCAUAUGCAGCAUCGACGCCUCCGACAGCCUCGGCUUUGGCCCUCCUUACCAGGCUUUUUUCCUCGGAGGAACAGGGGGGCCAACUUCGGUGCUUGCCGGUUUCAACCCGAAGACGCUUGCCAUUGCUUUCAACGCCACCUACGACGAAUUGGCAAGAGUCUUACUGGCACAAACCCGCGGCCCCAUCGUGUACUACACGACGGAGACCGAGAGCGGCGGCAAAGAGGAGCGUGGGCAGGGCGACGGACACGAUGUGCAAGACAGGGGAGCACGGUGCAGGGAGGCUGGCGCGUGGAGACCAGGGGGCAGGGGGGAGGAGCAUGAGUGCGGCAACGAUGCACGGCCGGCGUGGUCGUGGAGAAAGCUCGUGAACAGGUUCAUCGGACUCGGAGGAGCGGGCGCCUCCGGCAGAGUCGCCACGGAGGCGAACAAGAAGGACAAAAAGAAGGGGGGCGCGUCGGAGCCAUACAACCUCUACGACAACGAGCCUGAGUUCCGGAACACCUACGGCUGGACCGUCGCCGUCGACAAGCACAACUACGAGCCCCUCGACCACUCUGACAUCGGCGUCUACCUCGUCAACCUCACCGCCGGGUCGAUGCUGGCGCCGCACGUGAACCCUCGGGCGACGGAGUACGGCGUGGUGCUGGGCGGGGAAGGCAUGGUCCAGGUGGUGUUCCCGAACGGUUCGCUGGCGAUGAGCGCGGUGGUGCGCGCCGGCGACGUGUUCUGGAUUCCGCGCUACUUCCCGUUUUGCCAGGUGGCGUCGCGGGGCGGCCCCUUCGAGUUCUUCGGGUUCACCACCUCGGCUCGGCGCAACCGGCCGCAGUUCCUGGUCGGUGCCACCUCGGUGCUCCGCGCGAUGCUCGGGCCGGAACUCGCCGCCGGGUUCGGCGCCCGCGAGGAGGACUUCAGGGAGCUCGUGCGCGCGCAGGAGGAGGCUGUGAUACUACCGUCGUUCCCGGCGACGAGGAAGGAGGAGCGUGGGAAGGGGAAGGGAAGAAGGGAGAGGGAGCCGCUGGUCAUAGAGCAGGUGGCGUAG